AUGGAAAACUACUGCAGUAAGUUUGUGCAAAAAUGUAAUAAGUGUCAGAUACACGGGGAUCUGAUUUGUGUGCCCCCACAUGAACUAAAUGCUAUGAGCUCACCUUGGUUGUUUGUAGCUUGGGGCAUGGGUAUCAUCGGAUCGAUUGAGCCACCAGAUUCUAAUGGACACAGAUUUAUGUUUGUUGAUAUUGAUUGCUUUAACAAGUGGGUGGAAGCAGUUUCAUACAAAGUUGUAACCAAGAAGGUAGUGGUAGACUUUGUCAAAAACAAAAUGAUUUGUCGAUUUGGCAUACCCGAUUCAAUCAUCACAGAUAAUGGAGCCAACUUGAAUGGUCAUUUGAUGAAAGAGAUAUGUGAACAGUUCAAGAUCACUCAUCGUAAUUCAACCGCAUAUCACCCUCAAAUGAAUGGAGUAGUAGAAGCUUACAACAAGAACAUCAAUAAGAUCAUAAGAAAGAUGGUAGAUAGUCACCGAUCGUGGCACGACAUAUUUUCUUGCCUUGCUGGGAUAUCGUACGAUAGUCAGAACUUUGACUUGGGUAACUUCUUAUGA